GGUGCCAAGUUUCUGAGAUGAGGAACCUACAGCAGAGCCUGGAGGAGGUGUGCGUCAAGGACAUGUUGGAGGGGGAUAACAUGUAUACUUGCUCACAGUGUGGGAAAAAGGUGAGAGCGGAGAAGAGAGCUUGCUUUAAAUCCCUCCCAGAUAUCCUGGCUUUCAACACCAUGCGAUACUCAUUCAAUAUGGUCACUAUGCUCAAGGAGAAAGUAAAUACCCACUUCUCCUUCCCUCUGCAGUUGGACAUGGCCCCCUACAUGGAGCACACACUCAUUCCUAAAUCUGGAGGCAAGGACGGAGAAGAAAACUGUGAUAUAUCUGGAAGAAAGCUUGAAUAUGAACUGAUUGGUGUAACUGUCCAUACUGGGAAUGCUGAUGGUGGACACUACUAUGCAUUCAUUAAAGACAGAACUUCAGUUAAGGAUAAAUGGUAUUCUUUUAAUGAUGCCGAGGUGAAAGCCUUUGAUUCAAACCAGAUUGCUUCCGAAUGUUUCGGUGGAGAGAUGAGUUCAAGAACAUAUGAUCAGGUUGGAACAAUAAAAUGUCCUAGUAGUGAAGUAUGUAUGGAGCCACCUUCCCCAGCCAAACAGUACCAUGUAAACCUAGCACCUGAAUUAGAG